AUGGCAAUUGGAGUUCUUCUUGCUCACAAGAUCGCUGAUGCAACCACUUUCAUUACAUUCAUGAAGAUAUGGGCUUCCAUAGCACGUGAAGCUGAUGAGGUAGUUCAUCCGGAACUAUUUGCUGGAGCGAUUCUCUUUCCUCCUGUCAACUACAAGUUUCCUUCAAAUGAUAAUUUGCCUUCUAUCCAAGAUGAACCAUGCGUACUCAAAAGAUUACUUUUCACUGCUUCAAACAUUGAUGCACUCAAGGCUAAAAUUUCUAGCGCGAGCGUCCAACAACCUACGCGUGUAGAAGCUAUAACCGCGCUAAUUUGGAAGUGUGCAAUGACCGCCUCAAGAUCAAUCAAAGGGAUGUGCUCGAGGCCUUCUUUGUGUACUCAACCGGUAAACUUGAGGAAGAGAUUAUCAACGCCCUUGUCAGACUACUCGAUUGGGAAUAUUCUAACAGUAAUCACGACCGAAUUUUCAGAAACUGAUAUAGAAUUGCAAAGGUUGGUUCUCAAGCUAAGAAAAGAAUUGAAAGAGUUGAAAGUGAAUAGGGAAGAAAUAUCAGACAACACGAAAAAAUUUCUGGAAACAACAAGCUCGGGAAUAGAGAGUGGUGCUGUAGAUGCCUAUAAUUUUUCUAGUUGGUGUCGAAUGCCAGUGUACGAAGCCGAUUUUGGGUGGGGGAAGCCAACUUGGAUCGCCUUUAUUAACUUCAAUGUCCCAAAUGUGGCUGGUUUUUUGGAUACAAGGGAGGGUGAUGGAAUUGAGGCUUGGGUAUCACUGCGUGAAGAUGAGAUGACCAUAUUUGAACAUGAUGAAGAGUUGCUUUCAUUUGCUUCUGUGAACCCAAAUAAAGGUCCCAGCAACCUGGAUCAAGUGCAUGUGGAGUCCACCACAGACACAUUAAAUGUUGUUCAUAAACCUCAGCAAUUGGGAUCACUGGACAGUAAUGCUGCAUAUUUUGGGAUGUUGUGUCAUAUGUCUCUUUCAACAAGUGCAGUUAUAUACAGGUCUUUUAAUCGAGAACUCCAGGGGGGCAGGAGAAGAUCGAAGUGA